AUGGCUUGCGAAAUCAUGAAUAUAACUCGUGUCUGGUCAGUGGCUAUGGCGUGCCUCUGCUACUGUCAUUUUGUGUCUGCCCGACUGCCCCAGGGCAAGUGGAGGCUCAUUUCUCUUUUGCCCGUUUUCCCCAUUUUCGCGGCCCUUCCCCUCCACACCACCUCGGCCUUCUUCACGGCUCUCACAGCCUUCUCUAUCACCUGGCUCGCCACUUUCAAGCUGCUCCUCUUCGCCUUCGACGCAUCCCAGCCGUCGUCGAUCCCCGCUUUCAUCGCCACCGUCGCUCUCCCUUUUAGGGUCAGACCCAAAAACGCCCCAUCAAGGCCCCACAAGAAACUUCCCCUAAAUCUAGCCACCGAAAUCCCCAUCGCCGCCUCCUUGAUUUCGAUAUUAUCUAAUUAUAAGGACAGGAUCGGUCCCAAUCCUGUGCUUCUCGCGUAUUGUUGUCUGGUCUUUCUGAUGGUGGACAUUGUGGUCGAGAUCUCGAGCUCAGCGGGCCGGGCCCUGCUGGGCCUGGAGCUCGAGCCCGCCUCGGACGAACCCUACCUCGCGACCUCGCUCCGCGAGUUUUGGGGCCGGCGGUGGAACCUGACCGUCAACGACGUGCUCCGCCGGACGGUGUACCGGCCGGUCAGGUCGGCGGCGGGCGGCGGCCGAUGCGCGGCGAUGGCGGCGGUGAUGGGGUCCUUCCUCGUCUCUGGCCUGAUGCACGAGCUCCUGUUCUGGUAUGUCACCCGGGCAUGGCCGUCGUGGGAAAUGACGGCCUUCUUUGUGCUCCACGGGGCCUGCGUGGCGGCGGAGUUCGGUCUGGGGGCGGCCGGCCGGGACAGGUGGCGGCUGCCGUGGUUUGUAGGGGGCCCACUGACGAUAGGGUUCGUGGUGGGGUCGAGUUCAUGGCUCUUCUUCCCGCCAUUGGUUAGGAACGGUGCGGAUGUGAGGGUGAUUGAGGAGUUCAGGUAUGUGGCGAAGGUUGUGAAGGGCAAUAUUGUCAAUUUCUUGUGCUUCGUUGGCUCGAGACAGGAUUGA